AUGUUUGUAAACGCCAUACCGACGGUAAUUGGUACUGCUGAAGCUCUCGAUGUUCAAAAAAAGGAGGAUCUGGCUGAGAAGCACAAGGCAAAGUUCUUUAUGACAGCGAAUUUUGCUUUAGACGGGAAGUCUGCUCAUGAGAAGGAAGCACAAGUCGUUUUACGAGAUCAUAGGAUGUAUCUAAAUCAUCCAGAUGCGCCGAAAGAAGGACAUCGAUUCUGCGGAUACUAUUUCAUGUAUCCAGGCACGAAAGAACAUGGCUUGGUCUCGACCAUUCAAGAUGAUCCUCCGAUGUUAAAUUGGAUAUACGUCGAUUCGAAUACUCUCGAAGUACGAUAUGGGAGCAGGGGUGAUACGGUAGACAACUUAGCACAUCCAUGGGAAUGGUCAGAGGAUGAAGUUAAUUUGACAUUGGAUGAAGACGAGGGAUUUGUCGCGGUGGAGGUUGAGCCUGGAAUAUGGCAAAUUUAUUUUGAUAGGAAUGGGGAUUUCUCUGGACUUCCUGAAGGAAAAGAAAUUCAGGAAGUUUGUUUGAUGAGACGGAUGAUGUGUGGAUGGAAUAGUCAGCUAGUACCAGCCGACAAGAAAAAGGAGGGUGGUUGA